UGUAGGCUUGUAGCGGAGAGUGUGAGUGGAGGAAGAAGGGCAGUUCGAGGGCAACUUUUCCAGCGGAUCAUCACAGAAAUAGCCUUUCGUUCUGUUUGAAAAUGGCUCAAAUAACGAGCGAAGGGGCCGAACAAGAUUCUCAGCCGACGUCGGAUCAAAACGGUACUGGAGAAACAGCAGAAACCUGCAAGGAGGAACAGGCCGUGCCGGACCCCAAACAGGAACCGGGCGACAGCGAUGAGAACAGAGCAAGAAUGGACGUGAGCAGCGGCCGCGGUGCGGCGGAGGAGCACAGGGGCGACCUAUUCUCUGCCCCUCAAGCUGACAAAGAAGCGGUGUUACCGAGCGAAAAGGCCAACAACAACGAAGGGGAAGCCCACAGUAAACUCUCUGAACCGGGGAAAAGUCCCACACAGGGGAGUUUGGCGAGCAGCACUGAUUCCGCUCAAGAGGGCUCCCGGGUGCUGAAACAAGAACAAAGAGAGAGGGAGAACGUGUCCUCCUCACCGCCUGCAGACCGCACAAAGACCGCGGAGAAACCGGAGCACGGCACCAAGAGGCGGGCCAGCGUGGAGCUCACCUCGUCGGAUGGAGAGCCGUUGAGCCGGAUGGAUUCAGAGGACAGUAUUGGCAGCACCCUGAUGGACAUGGAGAGCACAGCGUCCAGUGGUCGCUCCACCCCGGCCAUGCUUAACGGCCACGGUGGAGGUGCGGUGGUGGGGAGCGGCUCGGCACCUCUGGGGGGCAAGUCUCUGAGCUACACGUGCUGCUGGGACCACUGCCAGCUGCUGUUUCCCAGCAGCCCCGACCUUGCCGAACACAUCAGAGCCACACAUGUGGAUGGACAGAGAGGAGGGGUGUUUGUGUGUCUGUGGAAGGGCUGCAAGGUGUACAACACUCCGUCCACCAGUCAUAGCUGGCUGCAGAGACACAUGCUGACCCACAGCGGAGACAAGCCCUUCAAGUGUGUGGUGGGAGGCUGCAACGCCACGUUUGCCUCUCAGGGAGGGCUGGCCCGUCACGUCCCCACUCACUUCAGCUCGCAGAGUUCAUCCAAAGUGUCCAGUCAGGGCAAAAUGAAGGAGGAGUCUCCGUCCAAGGCUGGCCUCAACAAGAGGAGGAAACUCAAAAACAAACACCGACGCUCCCUUCCUCGACCUCACGACUUCUUCGAUGCUCAAACCAUGGACGCCAUCCGCCAUCGAGCCAUCUGCCUCAACCUGGCAACACACAUCGAGAGCUUGGGCAACGGACACAGUGUGGUCUUCCACAGCACGGUAAUAGCCAGGAGGAAAGAGGAUUCCGGGAAAGUGAAGGUCUUGUUGCACUGGACACCUGAAGACAUACUGCCAGAUGUGUGGGUGAAUGAGAGCGACAGACUGCAGCAGAAGACCAAGGUGGUUCAUCUUUCCAAGCUGCCCACAGAUACAGCUGUCCUCCUGGACCCCAACAUCUACAGGAUGUUCUUCUAACCCCUCCAGAGGAGCUCCACUGUCACUUCCUGCUAAUCCCACCUCCCUUCGUCUCCAUCUCUGCGUUCCUCCUCUCCCCUCCGACGAAGCCCAGAAGAGGCUGCUGGGAGUUUAAUGACUGUCAUGGCCGUCUGCGGCCGCCAGUGUUGUCAGCGUUAGGUGCUGAGGUUACACGGGGCAUGUAGAGGACAUGUCGCUUGUUUUAGAUAACACAACUAGACUGAAAACUAACUCACAGAAGUGUAGACAGUAAGACACCUGUUUAGAGAAAGCUGUCUUUGUAAAUACUUGAGAUUUGUAAUAUAUUUUUAUACUUUGAAUUUUUUACUGUACUGUAGAUAGAUGUCUUUUUUUCUGCCGAACAUUUUUAAAUAGAUGUUUUAAAAACUGAUGAUAUUGGUCUCAUGCAUAUAGUUGGCAUUUCUCUGGUUUGAUGUCAUUAAACUUUUCCAAC